UUCAGAAGUCGUACACAAGUUGCCGUUUAUGAGCACUUCAAUAAACCACGACCUCCAGCUUGAAUCAAACGGGCCACCAGAGGGAUUUUCUCAAGAUUCAAGUUUCAAACCCUGGACGACUUAUAACCUCCUUGUGCAUCGUAGAUUUUAUACAAGAUGGCAACAGACAAGAAGGUUUACCAGUUCAUUGCACAUGAGCCAUCUAUGUUUUCUGGGAAGAUCCGACCCUACUUACAAUACAAGAAUAUUCCCUAUGAGACAGUUAUACCAUCAGUCGAGGUACGGCAGGAGAUCCUGAUCCCCAGGGUGGGGUGGAGCGUGAUUCCUGUCAUCAUCACCCCUGGGGACAAGGUGGUCCAGGACACCACCGCCAUCAUAGAGUACUUGGAAAAGGAACACCCCCAUCCUGCAGUAGUACCUCCCACCCCCAGACAGAACCUGGUGUCCCUGCUGUUGGAACUGUUUGCAGAUGAAUGGCUGAUGAUUCCUGCCAUGCACUACAGGUGGAACAAACUUGAACACAAGAAGUAUAUAGACGUACAGUCUGGUAGAAUUAUCAAGGAACAUGCCUCACCGCUAGAACAGAUGGAAAACCUGGACGACUUCAAGAACUACAGAUUCUUUAAGAACUCCAUUCGCUAUAUGGGAGUCAACAAAGACACCACUGGAGAAAUUGAGAGGUCGUACCAGGAGUUUCUGGAAGACUUCCAGCAGCACCUGAACAGGUAUCCCUACCUGCUGGGGUACCAGCCGUGUGUGGCAGACUUCGCCUUCUGUGGACCUCUGUAUGCACACCUGUACAGGGACCCUGUCCCAGGUUACCUGAUGAAGUGCCAGGCCCCUCUAGUUGCCAGUUACAUGGAGAGAAUGAACAGUGCUCUGCUGAGUCCCACCCAUGAUGUAGUGAAUGGAAAGGCUGUGAAGAAGUCUGUAUCUCCAGACAAACAGGGCUUCCUACCAGGGGAUGAAAUCCCAGAGACCCUCCAGCCAAUACUGCAGAGGAUGUUCACAGAACAGGUGCCUGUACUGCUGGAUACUGUGAAGUAUGUCACUCAGUACAUGAAGGACAAACCAGAUGUUGAUGUCCUGCCGCGUGUCAUUGGUUGGCACAACUUCAAACUGGGUUCUGUCACCAGUCGGCGAAGUAUUUACACCUACCCUAUCUGGAUGCUGCAGCGAAUCAGCGACUACUACCGAAGUCUGUCGUCAGGGCAACAAAGGAUGAUUGACAGGUUCUUGGACAGAUAUCCCCGAGGACAGGAGCUGCUGCAGGCAGACCUGUCAGGGUGUCGGGUGGAUAGGAUGGAUGUCAGGGUGAGAAGGGCUGAGUCUGCCAAGGCAAAACUAUAAGAUGGUUGCUUAUGGACCAAAAACAGAAGAGAAUGGCAGAUUUGUUUUAACCUGGGUGCCAUC